AUGGAAUGCCUAGGAGAAAACCUUCCAUUGCCCUCGGGAAUGCCUUUUUCUAAACGCGUCAACGAAGCUGCUGAGCACUUUCUUUCCAUUCUCUUCUCCGCCGCUGGUUCCUUUCCACAAUCCACCGGUCCAGAAACUGCCUCCUGUUGUCUCAACGAAGAACUCCUGGGCCAACUCAUCAAAUCAAAACUCUCACCUUUUCAACACUUUGUCGCUUCCUCGCACCCCUAUUCCAAUGGGCUUGGUUCUUUCACUCCUGACACGAUUAUCAGUCUGUCUGAGGUUGUUGGUUGGCCGACCUCUCAAGUCGCUAGUUUUCCUGCCAACGAUAGGGUUUCAUCCGUGGUACAGCUUCGAAGUUUAGCGGAGCCUGCGCCUGUUUACACGUUUCUUAGAGACAACUCUGGUCGACAUUUGUGGUCAUGGACCCUGAAAUAUGAGCCGAAGAAUGCGGCGAAUGCAGAUAAGAAUAAGCAAGGAUCGGGGAGUUAUAACACGGAAACCCUGAAACCAAAGGAUAAGAGGCACUUUGUGAGUUGUCUGGAUAAUGACUGGCCGAAGAAAUUGACGAGUGAAGCCAAUGAUCCAUUUAUGCCUCGAACUGUGGACAAUAUUCCGCUUGUCAGGGCUGUUCUGUCUGGUCCUAGUGAGAUGAUGUCUAACAUGAGCCUUGUCGACGAAGUCAUACGAUUACUGUGGAUGCUCUCAGUUCGCUGUAAUGCUUUGGUGUCCCUUCCAGUCCCAACUGCGCUCCAGUCUCAAGAGGAGAAGGAGAUGCCAACCUUGGCCCAGUCUGUGAUGAAUUCACGUGCUCGGCAAGAGGUUGAUAUUUUAAAAUCUCUCAUCAAUUCAGAGACAGAUCGCACGAAUUCCCUCAGACGACGCAUUCGUGAUACGCGUGUCAAGGAUUGGUCAUCAGCAUUCCCCACUGAGGGCCUAUGUAAACCUGAUCAACGGGCGGAUCGAUUAUCAUCAAGUCAUCUUCUGAGCUGUCACCUAGGCUACGUUCCAGUAAACAGCCUCCAGCCCUUUAGCAACUCCUUCCGCACAUCCAACGAUUCUCCACCAUCUACAUCCACUCAGAGCACAACUCGCCGACCUGCACCUUCCAUUGAUGGACGUCGUAUUCCAGGUACUAAAGGCGUUGGAGGAGCUGUGGAGAGCGUGUCCCUCAUUCCAUCCGCCUUAACACCUCUGGACGCCUCUCUUAUUCGGAAUAUUGACAGUCAUCUGGUUGCUGGUCAACGUUCCACGGCCUCACUUUUUGUGUUCUACGUGAAGGAUGGACAAACUUCAUUUACGGAUGUUAUUGAUAAUAUGAACGCCUGGUCAGAUAUUUCCAAAGACUUCGUGUCCUUCGUGUGCUCAAUGGGAUGGCAAGUGGACGUGAAACACCAUCCAGGUUGGCGUGGACCCCUUCGAGGAGUUCCCACUCCCACGCUCACCGCUACUUCACAUUUCUCGGGCUUCGAUGCGCGACGAAAGUUUCCCAGUACCGCAGAGUUCAUACGAUCUGCUCCGGAUGGUGUCGAGAAUGUCUUCUACUGGGCCGAUGCGUCUACAGAGGUUGUCACUCUAUGUCCUUCAAAACACACAAUGGUGGAGAAAAGUAUAUUGAUCGAAUCUGUAUAA